UGACACAUAUUACCCAUCAAACACCGCGCGUAAUAACACUACGAUUCGAAAUUCUAUGGCAACGGGAGAGGACUUUCUCUCCCAGGAAUCCACACUUUUACUGCAAUUAUGUGUAUGUUAGGAUAAUUUAACCGAAUUCAGACGUCAGGGGACAACAUGAAGAAGCUAACGAGGAAAGUGUCCAAGGUUCUGGGCCGCACCAGCACGACUUCGAUCGGCAGCGGCCCGAGCGUCGGUGGGGAGGGGGCGCACGGCUCGCGUCUGUCCCUGACCGGGUCGCUGUCCGCGUACGAUGUCCGCGAGAAGGACAUGGGGAAGGUGCACAAGGCGGCCUGGACGGGCGACAUGAAGAAACUGCAACAGGCUCUGAAGAAGGGAGACAUCAACGCCUUGGACAAGGAAAACAGGACUCCCCUACAUCUAGCGUGUGCACGAGGCAACGUGGAAACUGUGCAAUUCUUGUGUGAGAACAAUGCCAAGCUGAACGUGUGUGAUGAUGAUAUGAGGUCGCCCCUCAUGAAGGCUGUCCAGAGUCAGUUUGACGACUGCACGGCCAUCCUGCUUGAACACGAGGCCGACACAAACCUGGUGGAUAAAGACGGGAACACGGCCCUGCACCUGUCUGCUCUCAUCCCCAGCCUCCCGGCUGCCGAGGCGCUGCUCAAUCACGAUGCAAGGAUUGAUACUCAGAACAAGUCUGGCAGCACCCCCCUCCAUUUGGCCACCUACCAGGGUUAUGACGACUUCUGUGAAUUUCUGCUCAAGGAAGGGACAAAUAUUGAUGCUCAGGAUAACAAACAAAGGACACCCCUGAUGCUGGCCGGUAUGCUGGGUCAUGUCGGUCUGGUCAAACUGCUGCUGGAGAACAACGCUGAUGUCAACAUCCGCGACAACCGUGGCUGGACUGCGGAGGACUGUGCCAGCACGGCAGGACAGCACGCGGCUGCCCACCUGAUAGUAGACCACUCCCUGAAGACUUCCAGGGGGAGGGGAGCCACAGGAAGAAAGAGCCACUCCCCCUCCAUGUUCAACCCACCGAGUCCGUCCAACGUUGACCCCCUCGGAUUUGCAAUCGGGGGACCAGCAGGUGAUGAAAUGGAUGAGAGUCCAGAGGCAGCAGAUCUAAGACAUGAGAGAAGAAGGUUGUCCUUUGAGACAAACCAUAACAGGAAAGGUCGGAAGAAAACAGAAAGCCAGGAUGUACCAAAAGGUGGUCCUAAGCGUAGGGAGUCAGAUGGUAAAGGCAAAAGCCAGUCAGACGUUAAGCAGAAGAGACUUCGAUUUUCGAGCUCAGAUAGUGAUGAGGACAGUAAGGAGAGCGAGAAAAAGCGUAGAAGACAGGUCCGCUCUGCUCCCAAACUUGAAGAAGCCAAGGCAAGCACAGAUGAAAAAUCUGUCAAUCAGGGCAAGAUGGCAGAAGCUAGCCAGGCAGUUGUCAGCAAGAGAUCCAGAGACAUGGUCCGUAGGAAAGAGACAGUUAACACACAGUCAGACAGCGUCAUAAAAAAGAAGCCAGGAAAAGCUGUCAGAAGAGGCUCUCCCUCUGCUGAGAUGUGCAGGCUCGUAUUUGUAAGCGAGGCAUCAAGCGGUCUGAGCGAGUCUUCCCCAGAACAGAAUGCAAACAUAGGCAGGCAGGAAGACGUGGAUGUCUAUAGUCUGACCACAGUUACUGACGUGGAGAUAAAGGUUAGCAGUGACACCAGCCCCUGCAGUGAUGUAGGCCUGGGCAGAGCUGCACUAGGUCAGAGGGCAGAGGCCAUAGAAGAGUCAAAGGUCAGCUGUGAGGUCAGGAGUGAUGUAGGACAGGUCCCCAUGCCAAGAGCUGAGGCCAGGCCCUCUAGUGAGACAGUUGAAGAUGAUGAUGACCACCAAUAUGAGGAGGUGCCGUACAGAGGAAGAGGAAGAGAUUCACCACAGUCCAGGUCUGAUGCAGAAGACUCCUGGGCUGCAUCAGAGCCCAGUGCUGCAGAACCAAAGCCUGCUCAAAAGCCGAAGGCUGCGCCCAAACUGACCAGGUACCUCAGCAGAUCUGACGAGUCCUUACCAGAAGAGAGGGAGUCUGGCUCACAGAAGGGCCGUGGCCGGGAGUCGCGGUCCCCGCGCAGUCCCCGGGACGGUGGUGACUCCUGGGCCGCCUCAGACGGAGACAGGAGCCCCUCUCCUGCCGCAGACUCCUGGGGACCUUCUGAACCUGAGAGCAUCGGGGAAAAGAAGCCUGGUAAGAAAGUGAACCUGGCCAAGCUCCUGAAGUUGGACAAAGAUGACAACUCCCAGAAGAGUGGAGGGAAAGAUGGGUCACCAGUCUCCCCCAGGGACAAGCUGUCCCCUCGAGCCCGAGGCUCCCCACCCCUCACCCCCAACCCCCGGGACAGACAGGGCUCUGACUCUCAGUGGGACACCACACCCCCGGCCACCCCCACCCCCAGGCAGAAUGGCAGGGACAACAAGGAUGAUGACGAUGACUGGGACACCACACCUCCGGCCACGCCCACCCCUCGUCAUGGCAACAUACGGGAGGAGGGUGAGUAUGAGGAUGUGAUACCGACAGGGAAAAGCAAGUCCAGCCCACGAGCUAAGGCCAAGGCUCCAGCGUCUGCUGACCUCCCUGAGGAUGAAGAUGACAGGAAAAGAGUACUGGCAGAGCUUGGCCUGUCUGAUGUGUCAGAGGUCUCCAGUGUCAACUUUGACACCGAGAACGAGACAGACCAGGAUGCUCCAUCACCUUUGACCCCAAGGAACCGACCUUCCCCAUCAGCCACAAGGUCAGGUCCCAAGGUCAACCAGACAGCAUCCUUACCUGAGUUAGGAAGAGCUCAGCAGAAUGCUGAAAAGAAGGAGACACCAAGAAGAAGAAGUGAGAGCCAAGAUGAGUCAGAUUCUGACUGGGAUUCAGACGAGGUGCUUCCCCCCUCAGACUACAGCGCAGGGAAGGCGGCAGGCAAGUCCCCGUCUGCACCAGCUGUCAUGCAGAAGAGACCUCCCUCGGCCCAAGAGUCUGAACAAGACACGUCCACAUUCGGUGAUGAUGAGGUCAUCAGACCUGAGGAUGAGGACUUCACUCAGUCUGUGUCUAAAACUCCUUCCCUCCAGGAGUCAGGGCAUAGAGUCGGUGAUGAGGAUUCCGAAACCUCGUCUGACUUUGGCGAUGACGAGGUGCUUCCUCCCCAGGAUUAUUACUCCCCGCCGUACGGUAGUGGGAGGCCGCCCCUGUACCGCGGCGUCUCCCAGACAAUCGAGGAGGAAGACGAGGACCAGGCCUCGCAGCUCGGCAGCGCCCGCUCCCGCCAGUCUGAGGUCACGGAGGAGGAGAGCGAAUCCGAGUGGGAGAGAGAGAAGAAGCUGGAUCGCCAGAAACGAGAGCAGGAAGAACGGGAGGAAGAAGACAGAAGGAGACAGCAGGAGAAGGAGAGACAAGAACAAGAAGAACAAGAGAGAAGGGAAAGACAAGAACGUGAGAAGCGAGAACAAGAGGAGAAGGAACGCCAGGCCGAGAAGAAACGCAAGGAAGAGGAAGAAGCCAGAAGAAAGGAGAAACAAAGAAAGGAGGAAGAAGAAAGAAGGAAAGAAGAAGAGAAACAGCGCAAGGAGGAGGAGAAAAGAAGAAAAGAGCUAGAGAGACAGGAGGAGGAGAGACGUCAGAAAGAAGAAGACCUCAGGCAGGCCAGAGAACGGAAACAAAGGGAAGAGCAAAAGAGACGUGAAGAAGAGGAGAGAAAGGCACAGGAAAGAAGAAGGCGGGAAGAGGAAGAGAAGGAAAGAUUGAGGAAAGAGGAAGAGAGAAGACUAGAAAAUGAAAGGGAACAGCAGGAAAUAAAGAGAAGAGAGGAAGAAAGGAAGAGAAGAGACGAGUUGGCUCGACAGCGCGAGGAAGAAGAACUAAGGCUUGAACAAGAACAAAGGGAAAAGGAGAGAAGACGAAGAGAAGAAGAAAAGGAAAGGAAAAGACUAGAGGAAGAACGAAUCAGGAAAGAAAAGGCUGAAACCAGAAAGAAGGAGGAAGAACGUAGGGCUCAGCAAAGACGAGAAGAGGAAGAAAGACUUGCUGAGGAGGAAAGAAAGGAAGAGGAAAGGCAGAGGGAGAGAAAGAAGGAGGAAGAGCGCAGACAAGAGGAGAAAAAGAGACAAGAAGAAGCCAGAAGGGCCGAGGAGAGGAGGAUAGCAGAGGAAAAGACUCAGAAGCACCUAGAGAAACUGAGGCAAUUAGCUGAAAAACAAGCAGAGCCAGUACAUGACAGCCCAAGACAGUCCAGCUCUGGUGGCCUCCACAGACCAGACUCAAUAGAUAAGGAGGACGUGUUCAGCAGCCAGUCCUCCGUGGUGGAAGACGAUAUCGAGGACGACGCCCGUUCCCUGGAGCUGCGGAGGAACCGGGAGCGGGCGGAGGCAGAACUCGCCCAGGCCAAGCAGGUACGACGAGAGAGGAUGCUGUCUGCAGGGUCCGGCAGUAUCAGUCUGAGCGAGGACGACUUCGACGCACAUCUGGGCAGGGGCAGGUCUGCCAGUAGAAGGUCUGGAACAACAGCUGUAAAUGGCACAAGAAACCAUGGGGACUACACAGGAGUGGACGCUGAUCUGGACCUGUCGGUGUCCACAGACACAGAGAUGGAGGAUGUGGUGGACCAGUCUCCGCUGGCCAACAUGAGGAUCACCUCACAGUCUCCCCUCAAUGACUCCUCCAUGAUGCUGAAGCUGAACCAGCGACUACAGGAGGUCAGCCGUCAGCUGGAGAGGGAGAAGGCCGGCAAGGAGGAGGUGCAGGUCAAGGUCAGGUCACUGGAGUCUGAGAGGACAGACCUCAAAAGGAGACUGGACACAGCCAACCGAGAGAAGUCCAAUCUGGACACCAUCAAAAUCGACCUGGAGGGAGAGAUAAGAAAACUGAAAUAUCAACUAGGAGAGGAGCAGGAAAGAAGGAAGACAGCAGACACUGUUCUCAACAAGACUAAAGAGCAGCUGUCCAAGAAGGAGACACAAUAUUCUCAAGAAGUAGAAAACAAACAGAAGUCUGAGCUGACCAUCAGGGGUCUUCAGAUGGAACUCAGGUCAACCCAGUCACAAGUCAAAGCUCUGGAGGAAGAACGUGACGAGGCGCGGCGACUGUUGGCAGCGGAGAAGCAGGCUCGACAGUCUCAGGAGGAACAUCACAACGAGCAGAUGCAGCAGCUCAAGAACGAGGAAAUCAGCAAGUUGUCAGUAGAAAGACAGAAUGAGGCUUUAAACAAGCUGGAAAGUGCAGACGACACGAGACGGUCUGUCUCUGACCACAAUGAGAAACUGAAGAGUGAACUCAUGCAUCUCAAGAUUGAGUUGGAGCGUCAGCGCACCAGGUACAGGGAUGAGUACGGUCUGCUGCACAGUGAGAACGAGGAGCUCAACAACAAGAUAGAGGAGCUCAAGAAUGAGAUUAGAAUGAGUGAGGAGGCCCUGGCACACUCCCAUGCCAUGUUCAACAAUCAGCUGGCACAGGUCAAGUCCCAGAAUGCCGUGCUGACUGCCGACCUUGACAAGGAGAAGUCUCAGAAGGACAGGCUCAAUGCAGAGCUUGACUCUCUGAAGCAGAGACUGCAGGGUGCCAACCAGGAGCUGGAGAAGGGCCACCUGGCGCGGAACGAGCUGGAGCGGGCGUCGCAGCACGAGAGGGACGAGCUGAAGCGAGCCAUCGACCACAAGGAGGCGGAACUGUCUGGCCUGAGGGAGAACAAACGUGGGCUGAGCCAGCAGCUGGGCACCGCAGAGUCACGCAUCAAGGGGCUGGAACAUGAGAUCCAAAUGACUCAGGCUUCCCUGAACGAGAAAAACAACCAGCUGAACAACCUGCAGAGAGACCUGGACCAGAGAAGAGGUAACCUGGAAACCCUGGAACAGAGAGUACUGCAGGAGAGAGACAACUCCACCAAGCUCAAGGCCAAGCUGGAGACAGCCAAUGAGAAGAUCGCAGGUCUGCAGAACGAGUCGCUGCUGUUGAAGCAGCAGGCGGAAGAUUCCAAGUUCUCGGGCAGACCCGGCAGCAGGGGGGGAGGGGGAGAACAGGACAGGCUGCAGGGCAUGCUGGACAGGAUGAAGGACGAAAACCAAAGGCUGAAGGAAAGUCUGGAGGAGAAGAACAAGUCUCUGACGGACACAGUGAACAUGAUGAGGGAGGAGAUGAGGAGUCAGGACAUGAACAGGAGUGCCUCCAGCAUGGAGUACCAGCGCAUGCAACAGGAGCUGUCUGAUGCAAUGAAGAGGGUUUCUCUUGCCGAGGCUGCACUGGAAGGAGUCAAAAAGGCUAAAGACGGCCUGGAGAUUGAGAAAAAUAGUCUCCAGGGAGAGAUAGAAAGACUGAAGAGCAAGGUGAUGGGCCUGGAGGAACAGAGACAUGAUUCGCAGACUAAGAUUCGUGAACUUCAGGACCACACCAAGGAGAUGGAGAGACAUUCAGUCGACCCACAGAGAAAGGCUGAGUUGGAGACGUCUGUACAGAAGCUGCAGAUGGAGAAGGCCCAGCUGGACGCCACCCUGAAACAUGAGCAGACGCGCGGGGAGAUGUUACAGAAGGACCUGGAGGACUCACACAAGGUGAGGUCCAGCCUGGAGGCCCUGGUCGCCAACCUGAAGACAUCCAACGUUCACCUGGAGGACAAACUCAGUGAGGAGGCAGCCAAUCGCAGCCUGUUUGCUCGAGAUGCGGAGGACUCCAGGGCAUUAUGGGAGAGCGAGGUCAAGUCCAGGUCAAAGCUGGGACUCCGAAUUGCACAGCUUGAAAGAGAGAAGGCAGAGGCACAUACAGGAGUGGAUGAGGAGAAGAGGAGGAUAAAGAGAAUGGCAGAACUCAAGAAAAUGGCUGAAGAGAAGAUGCACGAAGAGAUGCAGAGAAACACCAGACUUCAGGAGGACUUGGCCACAGCCAGGAUGCAGCUCAGAGGAGCCAAGAAAAAACUCAAGGAGUUUAUGUCUGGAGACUGGGGUCAGGAGAGAAAGGCUUUACAGGGAACCAUUGACACACUCAGGAAACAGGUUGGAGAAGUGAGAGGUCAGUUGGAGCAGGAGGAGCAGAUGAGAGCCAAGUCUGACAUGUUGAAUAGGCAGCUGCAGAAUGAUAUGACAUCAUAUAAGACCAUGGAGAAGGAGGUCCAGAGAUUCGAGAAGUUGAAGGAGCAAAUUGAGGAUGAAUUUAUCAAGUACAAGCAACAUGUGGACUCAAACUUCGUAGACAAGUCCUAUAUUGACAACUACAAGAAACAGCUUGAGGCACAGUCUCGAGUGGAGCUGAACAGUAAGCUCCAGCAGGUGAAUGAGUACCUGGAAGGCCAGGCGCAGGCACGCAACAAACUGGACAAACUCAGGGACAGCAACGAUGAGAAGAUACGCAGCGAGUAUGAACAGUCCAUGAAUGGCCUCAAGGGAGAGCUGGCCAGACUGAGAUCCUCCCUCAAUGACAGCCUGACUCAGAGGGAAACAGUCAUUGCAGAAAAAGAUAGAUUCAUGGAGAAGUACAACGAGGCAAUAAAGAAGGCAGAACGUCUGAACUCUCAGCUGGAGAAGGAGAGGGAGAGGAACACUGAGUCAGUCUCCAAACUCACUGCUGAGAGACAGAAGUUGCAGGAUGUGAGUUCAGGCCUGCUGAACACCAGCAUGGGAGGAACCCUGCACAUCUCCAGCCUCCUCAACAACUCAGCUGAUGGGGAUGACGCUCUGACCAGGAAGGUGAGACAAGAGCUGGACAGAAGCAUUGCCCAUCACAUGUCAAGACCGCCAACCAGUUUGGGUCCCAGUCGCUCCAGUAUCGGCAGACGAGAGUCUCCAAUGAAAGACGACAGCGCCUACCUCAACAGCCUACGCAGAAACUACUUUGUGUAGGACACCACAAGGCCAUGUUUUCUUACUGAUACUGUGUCCAAAGGUCUUGAGUAUGUCCUUCAUCCACUGUGCAAUUCUGAGGCCAUGUAGUGAGAAAGUUUCUGUAUCAAGCCGGAAGUUGACGUUGCAAAGAAAAGCUACAUGUACAGUGUGUGUGGCAACUUUGUAUUGUAAGCAAUCUUUGUAUCAUUCCAGAAAGCCAUGUCUGAUUUCUUCCAGUAUUUUACAAUCUUAAUGACAACAGCAUUCCCAUUUUUCCUCACAUGUACAAAUGUAUGCCACUUCUCUUGCUUCUCUCAAAUAGCACUUGUAUAUUACAUCAUUAAAGGGUUUAAUGACAGAAUUCAUAUCAAAACAGAAUUGACAAUUCACUGAUUUACUAUUACUGAAUAACUAUCAAUUCCGUCCAUUUAGAAUAGCUAGUUUCUAUUUGAGCCGCAAAGUAGUAGUAGGUAUUGUAGCCGUCCAGCAUAUAGAAAAUACCUGUGAUGUUCCCACAAUAUAAAAAGCAAUAAAACCAUUGGUGUUUGGACAAGUUAGUCCAGUUUCCAAGGAAGCAUGCUACCCCUCAGUUCUUAUGUAAAUGAUGUAAAUAAGGCAAAGUAUAACUGCUGAAAUGGAUUGUGUUUCUUAAGGUCUUGUCAAUGAAAUUUCAAAAGGAGCCAUUAAGAUAUCUUUAAGACCAAGGUGUAAGUAUGUGUGUACACUGUAUGUUUUAACUGUGUUGUUCAUUGACCAGAGCAGGUUUUGUGUUGCAAAGUACAUGUAAACUGUUAAACUUUGUGUCAAGUUGUGUGACAGGUCCUGGAGUAGCCACAAGUUUUUGGUGUAUUGACAAGGAGGGAAAGGUGUGUAGUCGUUGUAAAGGAAGGUGCUGAAAUUUGUAUAUUUAUAUGUUUCUAACAUUUGAUAAAAGUUAAAAAAAGGUGACUAAUAUUCUGCUGUCUUUAAUCCCACCCAAACUUACACUGAAAGUCCAUCUAUGUGGUGACUACAAAUGUGUAUCAUGUGCAACAUGGAUGAUAAGCUCACCUUUUUUUCUCCCUUGAUACUGGAUCCAUUGUAACUUUGGAGUGUCAGAGUUUACAUUUGACUCUUGUUUUGGACCUAUGAUAUUGACAAUCCUUCGCCUUUUACAUACUAAAUCAACAGCAACGAAUAAGCACAAAAUGAAGUAGGAUUUAUGUCAUACUUUUUCCAACCAUGGAUGUGUUACUGUGUCUAAAAGUGUCCAAAAGAACUACAACCAGUUCUGUGUAGACUAUGGCAUUGUCAUUCAGUAGUUACUUCCUGAUUUUUUUUAACUGUUCAUGUCUUUUUAAGGGAUUUCGAAAAUCUGUUGUGUGUUAUUUUUGUAUACAGAAUUACUUUAAUGCAGUUUUAAGUGUAUUUAAGAUAUGUUGUACUUAUUUAUCAGUAUUGGCAUCUCUGGUCUCAUUAAAACUUCUUGGCAAUUGUAUCAUGUAUGUUUUUUAUUG